UGUCAGUAAAUGACUAUUGUCUUAAGACUGAAAAGUCCUAAAAAGGGAGUGAACUCCAGCCAUGAGAACUUGGUGGAUUUAGUGGUGGAAAGGUUUCAUUUAGGAAGUAGUGGAAAUUUCAAGCAGAAGAACAGCAGGAGUAGCUGGAGAUAAGUUUACUUGAAGACGUUCUGCCUUCACUCUGAAAAUGUCCUGGAGAAACAUAGACUGUGGGGAGCUACCAGAAUAUGAGAAGAGUGAGAUCAAAAGGACUCUGGAACUGGGCACUGUCAUGACAGUGUAUAGCCUCAAAAAAUGUAAUCCAGAAAGGAGGACAGUCCAGGUCAUUAUGGAAACCAGGCAGGUAGCAUGGAGUAAAACAGCUGACAAAAUAGAAGGAUUCUUGGAUUUAAUGGAAAUAAAGGAAAUCCGACCAGGAAAGAAUUCAAAGGAUUUUGAACGUGGGAAAGCAUCACGGCAAAAAGAUGAACAUUGUUUCACAGUUUUUUAUGGAACUCAGUUUGUCCUCAACACUUUAAGUUUAGCAGCGGACUCCAAGGAUGAUGCUGAGAAAUGGCUGUGUGGUUUGAAUAUUUUACAUCAGGAAGCUGUGAAUGCUGCUACACCAGCAAUUACAGAGAGCUGGCUAAGAAAGCUGAUUUACUCUGUGGAUCAAUCCAGAAGGAAUAGCAUCAGCCUGAGAGAGCUGAAGACUGUGCUCCCAUCAGUGAACUUCAAAGUGAACAGUGUGAAGUUUUUGAAAGAUAAAUUUUCGGAAAUAAAAGCUGUUAAAGAAGAACUUAGCUUUGAGCAGUUUCAUCUGUUCUACAAGAAAAUUAUGUUUGAGCAACAGAAAUUGAUUCUUGAUGAAUUCAAGAAGGACUCCACUAUGUUCCUUUUGGGGAACACAGAUCGCCCAGAUGCUUCGGCAGUUCAUUUGCAUGACUUUCAGAGGUUUUUGCUACAUGAGCAGCAGGAAUCAUGGGCGCAGGACCUUAGUAAAGUAAGAGAACGGAUGUCUAAAUUUAUAGAUGACACUAUGAGGGAAACAGACGAACCUUUUCUGUAUGUUGACGAGUUCCUUAUGUACCUUUUUUCAAAAGAAAACAGCAUUUGGGAUGAGAAGUACAAUGCAAUGGACCCUCAGGUCAUGAAUAACCCUUUGUCGCACUACUGGAUUUCUUCUUCACAUAAUACGUACCUCACAGGAGACCAACUACGGAGUGAAUCUUCUCCAGAAGCAUAUGUCCGAUGCCUCCGAAUGGGAUGUCGAUGUAUUGAGUUGGAUUGCUGGGAUGGUCCAGAUGGGAAACCCAUCAUUUAUCAUGGAUGGACACGGACAACAAAAAUUAAAUUUGAAGAUGUCGUGCAAGCUAUUAAGGAACAUGCAUUUGUCACGUCUGAGUACCCUGUGAUUUUGUCAAUUGAGCAACACUGCAGUGUGGAACAGCAGCGGUACAUUGCCAAAGUGUUCAAGGAGAUCCUUGGGGACCAGCUUCUAACCAAGCCUGUGGAAGCGAGUGCUGAUCAGCUGCCAUCACCAACACAACUGAAAGAGAAGUUCAUCAUCAAGCAUAAAAAAUUGGGGCCAAAAGGUGAUGUAGAUGUAAAUACGGAAGAUAAGAAAGAGGAAAAAAAGCAGCAAGGAGAGCUGUACAUGUGGGACACUAUAGAUCAGAAAUGGACUCGUCACUACUGUGCUGUAGCCAAUCAGAGGCUCUCAUUCAGUGAUGAUAUCGAACAAAACACUGAAGAAGAACCAUCAAAGGAGACGAAGCGUACCGAGCUGCACUAUGGUGAGAAAUGGUUCCAUGGCAAAAUGAAAGAGGGAAGAACCACUGCGGAGAAGUUACUCCAGGAAUAUUGUGCUGAAAUGGGUGGCAAGGAUGGAACUUUCUUAGUGAGAGAAAGUGAAGCCUUCCCUAAUGACUACACACUGUCCUUCUGGCGGUCAGGAAGAGUCCAGCACUGCCGUAUCCGGUCUUCAGCUGAUGGAGAUACCAUAAAAUACUAUCUGACUGAUAAUCUCACAUUUGAUAGCAUCUGUGAUUUAAUCCAACAUUAUAAAGAAGCACAUUUGCGGUGUGCUGAGUUUGAACUACGGCUGACUGAUGCUGUGCCUAACCCCACGCCUCAUGAGUCUAAGAAAUGGUAUUACAGUAACUUGAGCCGAGGGGAAGCAGAAGAUAUGUUGAUGCGAAUUCCGAGGGAUGGAGCCUUUUUAAUAAGGAAGAGAGAUGAACCUGAUUCCUAUGCCAUGACUUUCAGAGCUGAAGGAAAAGUGAAGCACUGCCGAAUUAAACAAGAAGGCCGCCUUUUUGUCUUGGGAACAUCAGCUUAUUUUGAAAGUUUAGUGGAGUUGGUGAACUACUAUGAGAAACAUCCGUUGUACAGGAAGAUGAAACUGCGCUAUCCUGUCACUGCAGAACUGCUGGAACGCUACAGCAUGGAGAAAGAUCCCAGCUCAUUAUAUGAUCUCAAACCAUAUGUGGAACCCACUGAAAUAACACCUUCUGUCCCCCAGCGAACAGUCAAAGCCCUGUAUGACUACCAAGCAAAAAGAGACGAUGAGUUGACUUUCUGCCGGGGUGCUUUAAUUCACAACGUCUCCAAAGAAAGUGGUGGAUGGUGGAAAGGAGAUUAUGGAUACAAAGUUCAGCACUAUUUUCCAUCCAAUUAUGUUGAAGAUUUGUCAACUGAUGGCAUAGAAGAAUCUGAGAAUCAGAUAAUGGAGGACAAUCCUUUAGGAUCAUUAUGCCGGGGUAUUUUGGACCUCAAUAGGUAUAACAUUGCAAAAACGCCACAGGGGAAAUAUGGGAAGAAUUUUGUCUUUGUCUUGGAACCCAAGAAUCCUGAUGACCCUCCUGUUGAAUUUGCAACUGAUAAAGUGGAAGAGCUGUUUGAGUGGUAUCAGAGCGUCAGGGAGAUCACGUGGAGAACUGCUGAAGAGGCAACUAUCAGGGUAUAUUGGGAAAAGAAACAAUUAAUUGCGAUGGAAUUAUCUGACCUGGUAAUCUACUGUUUGCCUACAAGUAAAACGAAGGACAACCUAGAAAAUCCUGAUUUCAGGGAGAUUCGUUCUUUUGUGGAAACCAAAGCAGAAGCCAUUGUCAAGCAGAAGCCGGUAGAUCUGCUCAAAUACAAUCAGAAGGGCCUGACACGAAUAUACCCAAAAGGGCAAAGAGUGGACUCUUCAAAUUAUGAUCCUUUUCGCUUCUGGUUUUGUGGUGCGCAGAUGGUAGCUCUUAAUUUCCAAACCCCAGAUAAAUACAUGCAAAUGAAUCAAGCCUUGUUUUCACUCAACGGGCGCACGGGUUAUGUACUGCAGCCAGAGGCCAUGAGGAAUGAUGCGUACGAUCCUGUGCCAAAUGAAUCUAAGAAGAAGCUACAGAUGAUUUUGACAGUGAGGGUGAUUGGCGCUCGCCAUCUUCCCAAACCUGGCAGGAGUAUCGCCUGCCCGUUUGUAGAGGUAGAAAUUUGUGGGGCUGAAUACGAUAACAGCAAAUUCAAGACUACGGUUGUGAAUGACAAUGGCCUUAACCCAGUCUGGUUGUCUCAGGAGCAAGUCAAGUUUGAAAUCUAUGAUCCAAAUAUAGCCUUUCUGCGCUUUGUCGUCUACGAGGAAGACAUGUUCAGUGAUCCCAACUUCUUAGCACACGGCACUUUUCCUAUCAAAGGAGUCAAACCAGGCUUUCGGUCAGUCCCUCUUAAAAACGGAUAUAGUGAAGACAUAGAGCUGGCUUCCCUCCUGGUUUAUUGUGAGAAGCAGCAAAUUCCGGAAGGAGAAGAAGAUCUCUAUUCAUCAUUUAGGCAGCUUCGGCAACGUCAAGCAGAGCUGAACAACCAGUUGUAUGACACCCGACGGAACUUAAGGGGUCCAUCUUGUGAUGCUUUGUUGAAAGAGUUCAAUAGGAAUGAGGGUCAGCUACAACUGUAUCAGGAGACAUGUAAUAGGAGACUCAAGGAGAAAAAAGUCAGCAACAGCAAAUUCUACUCCUAGACAACUGGCUUUCUUCGGCUGUUUUGUGUAUAAAGCCACCUGGUGGAACCCUGUGAGAAGAGAUGGUGCCUACAAGUGCAUCAGCGAUCACUUUCUGGAUUAAAUUGUCUUCGAAAUCAAAUGAUCAAUAGCAAGAGACGUUAAACCUCCAGAUUUAUGAUGAGCAAUGCAGACUUAUUUCUGCACAGUGUCUUGAAGAAUGCCAGGUUCCAAAGGAGAACAAUUUUAUAAUUUUGUGUUAGAAAUCGUAAGUUGUAAAAUCCUUAUUGGAUUUAUGAGACUGAAUUUUUUAAUUUAUUUUUAAAUAUGUGUACAGAGAAGUUAUAUGUGUGUGUGUGUUUAUGAAGGCUGACUAGCAAUAAAUUGUACAAUUGAGACAAAUUAAAAGGUGCCUAACAAUUAUAAACAAAUCUGCUUUGUAACUUAGGUUUCUUGAAUGGCUGCUCUUCAUCUUUAAAGGCCUUCACAUACACAAAAGAUUAGAACUUUUGUAAAUGCUGUGCUUCUUGUGUUUUAUUUUAUUGGCAGGUAGAAUUCUGAAUAUGAUUGUGCAGAGAUGACUGUGAAUCUAAUUAUAGCUGUCUCUGCUAAAACUCUUCAGUCCAGGUGGGAGGCUGUCUGAGGGUCUGAUUUAUCUGCAAGCUAAAAAAGGAUACCAAAAGUAAGGGGGGAUUAUAGAUCGAAGAAAAGUGAUUUAAAUAAUCUGCUGUGGACAAGACCCAUAGAAGUUGCUGCUAAGUAGUCAGCCAGCACUUAAUGCAAACCCUGUUAAUGCAGGGGUCUACUCUGGUUAGAAUUUGCUUCUCCAUAGUAAUAUAUACUUAAAUUAUCUGCUUACAACAUUUUUUCCCUAACAAGUUCAAAAAGGACACAGUCAACGCCCUCACAGCUGGCAUCCUACACCUCAGAACUGAGUCUGCAGGACUUGUUUUGAAAUUUACUGUCCACAAGGAAACCUGGCCUCCACAUUUUAGCCAUGGAUUUUAGAACAUUUAUAUUUCUUCUGCACCACUCCCAGCUCUGUAAAGCCCAGCCUGACAGAGUUGUCUAGGGUGGAAAGCUAGUUUCUGUUUCUGAUGUCUAAGCGGUCUAAUAAAGGUAUUGCUUCCUCGUCUUCAGAUCGUGUAUAAGGACCACACUGUUCCCCCGUUUCUUUGCUGGAUUGCUAGAGACUAUGUCCCCAGCUGUAAUAUGUUUUGGAGCUCAAAUUUUUCUGAAUUCUCAUACUAUAGUAUGAUGGACAUUUACAUUUCUUUAUGUGCUAGCAUGUCAAGAAUGACCAUGCUUGUAGGCUAGAGUCAUUCACUUCAGGACAUGAUUUUGACUCAAGUGUAUGCAAUAUUUUAUUGAGAAAAAAAAUACAGACCUCUGUUAAACUAAAGACAUCAUAAUGGGUGUGGAUAUAGUCUUCGCAAAAAAUUUUGUAAUAAAAAAGUUAAUAAUU